GAUUGGGGGAGGCCCCGGCAGAGGAGACCCACCACCACUCACCGAACACCACAGCUUACCCCCGUGGGCCCCACCAGUUAGAGCUAAUCAGGAAAGAGAGCACUGUUUCCUUUUCCUUCCGGGCCCUACUGACAGGAGCACGCUGUCGAUCUGCACUGGCCGGGACUAGUACAUAAGUGAUGCCAACCUUGCCUUAUUGUCCGUCCUCCCACGGCAAAUUCCACACACGGUCAAGAGACAUGUCCGGCGUGUGGGUGUUCAAGGACGGCCUCGUCCGCCGCGUGGAGAACCCCGGCCAGGACGACGAAGGGUCGUCGGCCGGCGGCAGCGGCGGGCGGCGCAAGGUGCUGGUGCACGUCCCCAGCGGCGAGGUGGUGACGUCGUACGAGGUGCUGGAGCGGCGGCUGCGGGAGCUCGGGUGGGAGCGCUACGUGAACGACCCGUGCCUGCUGCUCUUCCACCAGCGCUCCACCGUGCACCUCAUCUCCGUGCCCCGGGACUUCGCCAGGUUCAGGCUCGUGCACAUGUACGACGUCGUCGUCAAGACCCGCAACGUCUUCGAGGUGCGCGACGCUGCUAAUUAGCUAGCUCUCGAUCCCCAGGCCGACAGGGUCGGGCUCUGCUGAUAGCAAACGUGUUCUUGGCCUUUAUAUAUAUUCUAACCUCUCCAUCGAUCUGGAAUAAUGGGGCAUGCCCGCACACGGGAACUGGUACAUGCUUUUGAAUUCGUUGCAGAUAUUCUGGCGAACGGAAAGAGGAUCGACGGAUAGAGUUGAGUAAUUUAUUCAUAAAUGUGCACAUGUUUACUGGCACAAGGCUUGUAUAGACAGAUAUAUUGGUUUGUAUUGUUUUUACGGUUUGCCAAAGUGCUGUGUAUAUUGGAAGGUUGAAUGAAAAUUAUUGUAUUGACCUGAUUUUUCUAUCUUAUAUAUUCAUGAUCGGAUUGA